UAUCGAACCCCUCCGAGUAAAGCCGAGUGAUGAGGAUCAGCUGACAGGGAGCCUCGGUCUGGCUGUCGUCCUCCGGUUUAAAACGUUUCUCAGUUUUAGUGAAUCAAAAAUAAAACCAAGCUCCGACUGACCGACACGAGCGGACACCGACAUGCCGUCGCUUCUGUUCUGCGGGCCGAAGAUGGCCGCGUGCGGGAUCGUGAUCAGCAUCUGGGGCGUCAUAAUGCUGGCGAUGCUGGGAAUCUUCUUCACCGCAAAGUCAGCUGUGCUGAUCGAGGACGUCCCGUUCAAUGAGGACGACAUUUGGAAAGAUCAAAAUCCUCCUUCGAACAUCUACAAUCUGUACAACCAGGUCGGCAUCAACUGCUUCAUCGCCGCUGGCAUCUACGUGGCGGUAGGCGCCAUCUCGCUCUGCCAGGUCCGACUCAACAAGCGGCAGGAGUACAUGGUGACAUAAAGAUCUGCUGCGAAGACCUGGGCCUGACCUCCGACCUCUGAACCACCUGACAUCAGCAGCAGCCAGAGGUCAUCUUCUGUCCACACCGUUUAUGAUUUCACCCGAGUUGAGUAUUUAAAUGUCAGUUCAGGGCGAUGUGGUGACGGGGGGAGGUGGAGGUCAGGCAUCACCUUAAUUAUUUAUUUUCAAAUUAAAAGCUUCCAUGUUUGCUGUGUUGUUGUUGUUGUUGUUGUUGUGGGAUGAAUCAUUCCGUCAUUCCUUUGAGCGACCAAACAUUUGACCACCUCAGCUUCAGAUUUUUUUCUUGGGUUUAAAUGAACAAGGUUUGAACUGAGUCAGUUUAUUUUGAAAAGAAGAAACUCUGCUGUAUCUGCUGAAGUAAACUGAUCAGAAACAAACACGUCAACCUGUCGACAGUAAAUCAACCGUUCAGAUCCUCCUGCUGUUUCCUGAAGAAAUAGAAAUGUUAAAGUAAAAAAUGUUCAUGCUGUGCUGUUUGUUGUUAAAGCGACUGUGGCUCAAAAUGAACGAUGUUUAUGUGACAAAGUUAUUAUGGUGGAUAAUCCUCUGCAAUAAAGUGAGUGUGAGGAAAAACUAA